AUCCCCAGGAUGGAGGAAGCUUAUCAGCAGCGGCGAGCUGCUGCGUCCAGUCCCUAGGACAGUGGGAGGCGGAGAAGGAGGAUUCAGGCAACUGCACAGCAGUCAACUCGCCCUCUGCUACUCCCGUUCCGUGCUGAGAUUCUCCGUUUCUGAGCUGAUUCGACCCGGGCGAGGAGACUGUCAGCCUCCCCCUGUCUCUUUGUCGAAGCAAACCGUGCAAAAGCUGGAUGAAAAUCUUUCAAUUGCGUGUGAUCAGAUCAGUGCUGAAGACCAGCCAAGGAAUGGACUAGUUAUCUGUUUUUUUUAAGGAAGGCUAACCCAUCAGCUUUAUAGCCGUGUGAACGCCAGCGUGAAUAGCACUAUGACUGAUGGGGACUAUGAUUAUCUGAUCAAGCUCCUGGCUCUUGGAGACUCGGGAGUCGGUAAGACCACGUUUCUGUACAGAUACACAGAGAAUAAGUUCAACCCCAAGUUUGUCACCACAGUGGGAAUUGACUUUCGAGAAAAGAGACUGGUGCAUCAUGUUGGAGGCGCAAAUGGUAAAAAUCCUUUUAAAAUUCAUCUCCAACUAUGGGAUACAGCUGGGCAGGAAAGGUUUCGGAGCCUCACCACGGCCUUUUUCAGAGAUGCUAUGGGAUUUUUAUUGAUCUUUGAUCUAACGAGUCAACAGAGUUUUCUGAAUGUGAGAAACUGGAUAAGCCAGCUUCAAGCAAAUGCAUAUUGUGAAAAUCCUGAUGUGGUUUUAAUUGGAAACAAAGCGGAUUUGGUUGAUCAGAGGGAGGUACAGGAGAAUCAAGCCAAGGAAUUGGCAGACAAAUAUGGGAUUCCAUACUUUGAAUCAAGUGCCGCCACCGGAGAGGGCAUUGAUGAAGCUAUAAUUGCAUUGCUGGACUUAAUAAUGAAACGCAUGGAGCAGUGUGUCGACAAGAGUCAAAUACCUGAUUCAAUCAAUGGUGGAUCUGCCCAAAAACUUGAAGCUGCCAACCCAAAUGAGAAGAAGUGUGCCUGCUAGAAAAUACCUUCACGACAGCUGAAGAAUUUUUGCAUGUGUAAAUGGUUUCUCCAAAAGUUUAUUUUCCUAUCUCACUUUUUUUUUGUUUGAAUUUUCUCUCAGCCAUCUUUAGUAGUAACUGCAGGGUAUUGUUGUAGAAGGGACUGCUUGGGUAGUGCAGAAAGUGUCUCCAAGAUGAUAUAUCCCAGUUGGAAAAUUUGACUUGUGGAUGUAUACCUCAGUACAGUGGCCUAUUUGCCGCAGCCAAAUUAACAGCACUCAGCUGCUUCCAGCCAAAUACUGAUGCUGCCGAAUGGCUACAUGAAAAGUAAAAGAAAUUUGAUUUCUCUCAUAGAAAAGUAGGUCAUCCAUUACAAAGAUGAAAGCAACAUUUACUUAAAUGAAGCAUUUGAGAAAGUGUCCACAGAAGAACAUUGGCAGCCUUAAUUGAAUGUUUGGCUCUCUCUGAAGAGAUCUAUCCUUUCUUUGAUGUAGUACUUUCUUUUGAAGUAUCAUCUUAGUUUUUUUUGUUUCCCCCCCCCCCAAACUUUUGCUGACAAAAAGCUUCAGCUUCCACCCGUUCCCCCAGAGUCGAGAAAGUGGUAAAAUUGAUUGCAGCCUGGUUUAUAUUGUCUAUGUAAUGAGAGCAAGUAUUAAUAAUGCAACAAAAAAUGAUUUCAAAGUGUUACUAUUCAACGUGGUGUUAAUUUGCUGCAACUGUGAGACAUCCUGUUCAAAGAGCGCUGUGUGACAACCAUUGUACACAAAGCAUAGUUAAUAUUGAGUUUCACACUGUGAUAGGCUUUGAACCCUCAACCGCAUGUGCUGGCUGCUUGUCUGUGUAGAGUAUUUACAACACGUUAAAAAUCAAAAGCAGCCAUGUUUUUAAAAGUAAAACGUAAUUUUCAUCUUCUGAAAGUAAACUGUACUGUGGAAACAUAGAAACACAGGAGCAGGAGUAGGACUGGCACCCAAAUUGGGUAGAACUCAUUAGAAAUAAUGGGUGGAAUUUUCUAAAGCUGGUGAAGAUGGUGGGGUGAGGGAGAAUGGGGGAUGGCAUUGUGGUUUUGGGGGAGUGAAAUUGUGGAAAGUGGUGUCAGGUCAGGGCACUGAUGUGAUCCAGUCCCAUUCUGGCAUUCCCAAGUGCGGAUUGGAGGUGCAGUGGGGAAUCCCAGUGGCUGAGGAGGGAAGCCAACUGAAGUACUUAAGAAGGCAAUUAGGAACAAUUUGGCACAUGGAUUCCCUCUUUCCCAGUGGCUGAGCAGUGCCAUGCUGUGUCGCCAUCUAACAGUUUGGACAAGGUGAGAGCACGAUGGGAAGGACUUCCUCAGUGAACCUGAGAAAUUGAGAAGGCCUUGCUCAGUUCACUGGAGCAACAGAUGUGGCCACGUGGGAGACAGCUGUUCAAAGCACUCCUCUCUCAGAAAGCACUAUAACUGCUUGACAGAUGAUUGCCAACUUGUUGGAAGGCACGUCACCUAUCUAGCACUUCAUUCACCUUCAGUUGCACUUCCCUGCUUCCAGCUUUCAUCAUGGACUGGGAGCAGCUUAUGCUGCUGCUGCACCUUCCACCUCAACAGUACCAGCAGCAGCGGGACCAAUACUAGCAGUAGCACCAGGUGACUUCUCCUCUGCAGUACAUUCCUCCACAGGGUAGAUGGGAUGGACAUAUAGAUCCAGCUGGAAGGAGGUGAGACACCCUCCCCCACACAGGGUCUACAAGUCUACAGGUCAGCUUUCUCGACAUGUGUGAGCACCAGUGACUCAGCCUCUCAGGGCAGGUCACUGCUGAAUUAGCAUCUUUGUGGGGCAAGACCUCCCUCCCAGUAGACCAGGUGUGCAUGCAUUGUAUUUGGCCAAUAAGGUGUCUGUCACUGGAGACCCCCUCCCCCACCCACCCUGUGAUUCUGACUCUCACCGAGUUGUGUUCUCUCUUCUGGAAAGAGAGAAAGCAGAGAAGUGUGAGUGUUCAUAAUGGAUUGUGUACAGAGGAGGGAAGAACACCAUUUGUGGAAGGUCACUGUGAGGCAUGGGCGCAAGACGGGAAUAAGCUGAAUGCAAGUAUGAGUGUUAGCUGUUCAGAUAGCAAUGUGAGGAGGCACCUGCAGGAAGAGGAAUGAAUGGAGCUACAAGAUAUGUUGACCUGAGGCAUGCUGUGCAGGAGAAUGCUGGCAGGUCAGAGUGUAGGGCUCGGCACUGAAAGUGUUUAUGCCACUCACCUGUCAUUCCCUCAUGAGGUCCUGAAUCCUCUUGGUGCACCAUCUCAAGGUUGGAGACUGGAUUACUGCUGAUUUCCUCAGCAACUUCUGUCCACGUCAGCUUGGCUGGAGAGGUUGUACUCUUCCUUCUGUCCUUGGUCACCUCACUGCAGCCCCUCAGAUCCCUCAAUAGGACCUCCUGGCAAGACUGAAACCAGAUGGUGGUGGGGGAUAGGGGGAGCAGCCUUCCCAGGGUUCCCCUCCAUUCCUGUGGAUGUAGCAGCCUGAAAACACAGGUGCUGCUGAGCUUUUCUGAAAGGUGGCAUUUCCCUGUCAAGCAGAGAAAACUGGAUAUGUUAGUUUUUUUUGACAGCAGCACUCCUUUCAUAAUUCUGACAGCUCCUAUGAGUCCCAUGUAUCUCUGUGUACAGUUGAAUGAAUAGCCAGGACAGGUAAAUGAAUCACAUAAAUAGGCUGUAGGGCAGAUGACAAGAGAACGAUCUGGAAAGCAAGUAUUUUGUCAGUUCUGUUCCUCAUUAGUCUUUUGAAACAGAAACUCUCAAGUUAGCUUUAAAUUUUGAUGUCAUUUUUGUUUCUGUCUUCCCUUUUGAUCUUUAUGCAUUUGGGGAACUAACUUGUGAGUUGCUGAAAGCAACAAUGUGAGAAGGCUGAAUGAAUGUAUAUACACUCAUUGGAAUGGUGUCAUAUCUUAAGCAUCCUGUGCCAAAGGCUGCAUCUUUGCACAUAUUCAAGUUUCUUAUGCUGCAGGGCUUAAUAUCGCCUUCGACUCAGUUUUCUUUCUAAUAAUAUUUUUUGUAUUCAUUAUUAAAUCCAAUAUUCAGAAGGAUGAAUAGAACUAAACUGAAUUUAAUCUUAAUUCCCGUAACCAUUUUUUAUCACUGCUUGAGUUCCUUUUUAAAAGCCCUGACAAAUUGGCCUCUAUAACCAAGCAAACUGUUACCAGUUGUGGUUCUCUUGAUAAUAUUGAAUUAGGUGAUAUUUGUAACAUGUUGAUUUGAAUCAAAAUGUUUGGAAUCUUUUGGUGGGUCCAGUGCAAACCUAUUAAGAAAAAGGAUAAAUGCUUUUGAAAGGAUUUCACUGUGUAUGGAAUGGCUGAGUGCAACUUUUUCAAUUGAUAUCUGAGACUAAAUUUAAUACUCCCAGUGGGGAUCGACAUACAGAGAGUUUGGGCCAGAGAUGGGUUUCAAUACUCUGUAGCACCAACUCCGCUUAUAAGCAUUAGUAACUGGUAGUAAUGCCUCAGAUUUGGAAUUUACCCUGUUUGUAACCUUGUGCUCUCGCACCAUGGUAUAGAGAGUAGUUCAGUAGGUGCCAUGUAUGUGAAAUCAUAUUUGAAUAUAUUUUGCACAAAUGAGGAAUGAUACCUGUACAGUGAUCAUCUUGUAUUAUGUGAUAUGCACAAACUACUGAUAUCUUCUCACCAGUGAAA